AGAGACACCAGCCUGCUCCUGAUGCUCUUCUUGUUGGGUCUGGGUCUGGCUGUGGGUGCCGCGCCUCCUUCUGAUGUCGCUCCAAUUAUGCCAGAGCAGACCGAUUGUCCCACGUCGUGGUCCAGCUUCAACGGCCGCUGCUACAAGUACUUUGCCACAGGGAUGUCCUGGGCCGAUGCAGAGAUCCAUUGUGUGUCACAUGGAGCCAAUUUGGUGUCAAUCCACAGUGAACAAGAACAGACUUUUGUCAAAACCCUGAUCAAGAACUCCGACCCUGCUGAGGGACGCACCUGGAUUGGACUGAGUGACUGUCACAAAGAAAGCGCAUGGAUGUGGUCUGAUGGAUCAAAAGUUGACUUUACCUACUGGGCCCAAGGACAGCCAAACAACUACGAUGGAAGACAGCGCUGUGUCGAAACCAACUUUUCCUACAAGAAAUGGAACGACCACUUCUGUUCUUAUAAUGUUCCCUUUGUUUGUGCAUCUCGUCUAAGCUGAACUGAGAUGUUCUACAUGUCUGAUUGAACCUGGUCAUUGUUCACUUGUUGUACUGUUGACAUGCAUUUUGGCCUCUACAAUAAAGACAUGAAUAGUCA